AUGUGGAAUACCGAUAUUGAUAUUAAUGAUGUUAUAAAGGAAAUAAUAUAUAGAUCAGCAGAUGAUUGUAAUUUCAAUAAUGUAGAAUUAAAUUUCCCAAGUAUACUAAAAUAUUUUUACGAUGUAACAAAUAAAUAUAAUAUAAAAAAAAAUAUUUCAGAUGAAAUUUUUAAUAAAUUAUUAAUAAUAUGUAAAAACAUAAUUGAGGAUAAAAUAAAAUCAGAUUAUCCAAAACCGAUAUUAGACAAUGGAACCAAAUUAUGUCUAAAUAAAAAUUUUCAAAAUGAUGACAGCAUGAAUGAGCAAGUUUGUUAUUACAGAAGUUAUGAUUUAAUUAGUUCGGGAAAUAAAGAAAUGCUUAAAAUGGAUAAUAUAUAUAAUCAACAAAAUAAGAGCAUCAUUGAAAGUGUUAAAGAGAUUGACGAGGUUGACGAGGUUGACGAGGUUGAAGGCGGCUACAGCUCCUACAAUAUGAGCGACAAAUUUUACAAUGAAAAAAAUAAUAAUAUUCUUAAAUUUACUACAUUACGCAAAAAAGAAAACGAAGAUAAUAUUAACAUGUUUAAUGAGAAGAGUAAACAAAAUCAAUUGAGCAUUCUUUCUAUUGUUAUGAAAAAUAAUGAAAGAAAAAAAAAUAAAUAUUAUUGUAAAAGUGUGAAUGAAUUAGUUGAUGCAAACUAUUUCAGUGAUAGUACCUCCAUAAAUAAUGACUAUCGAGAUGAUCGUGGAAAAUAUUUUAACAACACCACAAACAAAGUCGAAUACUUAGGCUUGGUCAAAAUAAAUGAGAAAUCCUUUUUACACAAAAAUAAUAGGAAUUUAUUAAAAAUAUAUUUAAACGGAGAAACAAUAUAUAAUAUAUAUAAAAAGCUUACAAAAUAUAGACAUAACAAUAAUGAUAAAUUUUAUGUUAAUAAAAAAAAUAAAAUGAAAAUAUAUAAUGAAGCCAAUCUUUUUUAUACUUAUAUUAAAUUAAAAAAGAUGUUUAUUUUAUGGAAAAAUUAUACUAAUAAAAAAAAGUUAGCAAAUAAAAAUAAGAUAAUAUUUAACAAAAUGUGUAAUAAAAAAGUUUUAGUAAAAUAUUAUGAUAUAUGGAUAUAUUGUUUUGAAAAAAAAGUAUAUUUAAAACAUACUUAUGAAAGAUUGAUGGUAAAAAAUGAGAAUAUAAUUAUUCGAAAACUUUUCAAUAAAUGGUUAAAUAAAUACAAAAAAAAAAAAAAAAAAAAUUUUAUUUAUUGUCUACAUAUAUUUAGAGAAUGGAAAAAUUUUACAAAAAAAAGUAAACUACUAAGAUUGUCUAAAAAUAGGUUAGAAAAAAAAAGAACAAAAAAAAUACUUACCAUUUGGAAGAAUAGACAUGAAAAUAAAAUUAUUAAAAAAAUGAAAAAUAAAGAAAUAUAUAAUAUUUAUAAUAAAAAUUUAUUAAUCAAAUGUUAUGUACAUUUAGUUUUAUAUUAUAAAAAAAGAAAACAAGAAAAUGAAUGUCAUCAAGUUAUUUAUGAAAACUGGAAAGUGUGGAUGUGUAAAAAAUAUUUUUAUUUAUUUCUACAAAUAUAUAAUGAAGAACUAGAGUUUAAGAUAUAUUAUCAAAAAUAUAUAAAUAAAAUAAAAACAGUUUUAAUAAAAAAAUACUUUUCCAACUUACGUAAGUACACUAAAAAAUGUAAACAACUGUCUAUAUCUUUAAUAAAAUGGAAAAAUAAAAAAAAUAAAAAAAUACCAUAUGUCUAUUUUUUACAAUGGAUUGAUAUAUAUAAUGAGAGCAUAACAAUUAGUAGCAUAUUAAAAUGUAUAAAUGAAAGAAAAAAGAAUUAUAUUUUAAAAAAAUAUUUCACAAUUUUAAAAAAGCAUAAAGAAAAAACAUACCAUUUAAAAAAAUUAUUUAUUUAUAUAUAUAAAAAAAAAAAUAAACAAGACAUGGAAAAAAUAUAUAAUCAAUGGAAAAAUUAUUACACUUUAAAUUCUUCGAAGUAUAUAUUUUUAUAUAAUAAAUAUAAGUAUAAACUUAUGAUACAAUCUUUUUCCUUUUUAUAUAAAUAUAAAGAAUAUAAAAAAAGACGGAAAACACAUAUAUCAGUUAUAGAUAAUUAUUUUAUUAAUAAUUUAAAAAAAAAUGUAAUAAAAAAAUGGAUAACCUAUAUGAAAGUAUAUCAAAAAAAUAUUUUAAAUUAUUACAAUUUUAAUAAUGAAGGAAAUAUUGUUUUAUUAUUUAUGUCUAAAAUAUUGAUAAAGCAUAAGAUUGUUUCAAAAGUAGUUAAUAAUAUAACAAUUUUAGAUUUUCUAAAUUUUAAUAAUAUUGAUAUAAAUAUAAAUAGUUUAAUAUAUGCACAUAAGAAAUAUUAUUCAAAUAAAAAUAUAAUACAAAAUCCAAGUUACUUUUAUCAAAAUAUACCAUUUGUUUUUAAAUCGAUAAACAUUGUCUUAUCUUUUGUCCCAGUGUCUUUCAUAGUUAACUUGCCAAAGUUCAAGUUUAGCUUACCCUACUUUUCCUUUGCCCUUAAAAUGUCCCUAUACAAGAUAAUUUUCACAACCUGGCUUCUUAAUUGUCGAUCUAUAAAAAACUUCAAGAGGAAAGUUCAAGAAAAUGUUGUAAAAAAAUAUUUUAUGUCAUUACUUAUGUUUGCGAUGAAGAAAAAAAGAUUAGAAAAACUAAAAAUGGAAUAUAAAGUAGAUCAAAAAGUUAUGUUAAAAAAAAGAAUAUUUAUGAAAUGGCUAGGAUUACGUAUAAAAUAUUUUAAUUUUCGAAAAAAGUUUGAUAUAUAUAUUUAUAAUAAUAAAGAAAAUCGAAUGAGAAAAGUUUUAGGUGGAUGGUAUAAAAUAACUAAAGAGAGUAAUAAAAAAAAACAAAAUAUAUUAAAUUUUUUUAAAAAAUUAUUAAUAAAAAAAAAAAGAAAAUGUUUUAAUUCAUUAAUUAUUAAUGUAAAAAGAAAACAAGAAAUAAAAAUAAAAAAAGAAAUAUCUGAUUUAUUUUAUAUGAAUAAAUUAAAAAAAAAAUCAUUAAAAUCGUUAUAUGUAUUUUCAAAAAAUAUGUUAUAUUUUAAUACAUUAAGUAAAAUGGCACAAAAUUAUCUUAAAGGUUUAUGUAUUAUUAAAUGGAGAAAUUUAACUAGACAAUAUUUAAAUAAAAAAGAAAAAUAUAUAAAUAUUUUAAAUUAUUUUUAUAUAAAAACAAAAAAGAAAUUUUUCAAUAUACUUAUUCUCUACACCAGUCUUAGACAAAUUAACAAAAAAAAGAUUUUGCACUUUAAGAAAAUCCAAGAAAAAAUAUUCUUUUACAAAUACAUGAAACAUUGGAAAAGUUAUGUCAAAAUGAAGAAAAACAAAAAAGAGUUUAUGAAAAAAAUAGCUAACCAUUUUAACAGGAAAAAAAAGAUAAGCAUCCUAAGUAAGUGGUAUACAACAUUUAUAACAAAUGUAAAGCUUAAGGAAGCAGAUCAGAUUUUUACAAAAAAAGUUACUAUCAUAUAUUUUGGUAGACUAUUUUUGUAUGCCCAAAAGUUGAAAAGAAUUCAACUAUUCAUAAAAAAUAGACAAAAUGUGUUGAUGUGCCAACGAAGAUUAAAACAAUGGAAGGGAUAUACAAAACGAGAAAUAAAAAAAAAGAAAUUUUAUGAAAAAAUAUGUAAAAAAAGGAAAGAAGAAUAUUAUAUUUUAUGGUGUAAAAUGUAUGGAAAAGUAAGAAAGAAAAAAGAGCUUGAGUAUAUAUUAUACAAAAUUAGGCAAAUAAAUAAUAUGAGCAAAUUAAAUGAAUUUUAUACAGAAUGGAAGAUUAAAUAUUUACAAAAUAAAAAAAUAAAAAAAUUUAUAUUUAUUAUAAAUAAAUAUGUGAUAGACAAAAUCAAGUCAAAAAUAUUUAAUGUGUUAUAUAAAAAUUAUGAAUAUGAUUUAAAUAUAUCAUCAUUAUUUAAUAAUUUUUUACUAGAAAAAAGAAAUAAAAUAAAAAAAUAUUUUUUUAACUUAUUAGUAUAUAAUAAAAAUACAAGAAUAAAGAAUAAAACAGCUUUACAUUUUUAUGUUCGAAAAAUCAAAACAAAAGCUUUUCAUUCAUUUAUAAAAUAUAAAAAAAAAAAAUUAUUAUAUGAAAAAAAUACUAUCAUAUUAAUGAAUAGAAAAAAACAAUUAUAUUUUUACACCAUCAUUAAUUUUUAUAAUCUAAUAAAUAAAAUUAAGACUAAUUAUUUCGGAUUAUGCAAAAGUGUAGACUCAAGAAUUAGACGAGAAUUUUUCAUAAGAUGGUUUACAUUUUUGAAAAAAAAAAAAAAGGAAAAACAGAAUUUGAUUGAAUUUGUGAAAAAAAGGGAAAAUAAAAAAAAAGAAGAAAUAUUUUUUGAAAUUUUUAGAAAAUCAAAUAAAAAGAAAUAUAUUGCUAUUAUAUUAAAACGGGUUAAUCAUAUUUUUCAAACAAAAAUGUAUCAGAUGGGACUAUACAAAUUUAGGUUGAAUAGGAAAUACAUGAUUGUACAGGAGAAAAUAUACGAAAAACUUGCAGAAAAACAAAAGAUAAAAAUAAUGAGGAAGUGUGUAAAGGUGUUACAAAAAAUAGUCGCAAAACGGAAAAGAAAAGAAACAGAACAAGAGAUGAUAUCAUUUUUUUAUAAUAAUAUGAUAAAAAAAAUAUAUUUUAAAAAAAUGAUAAAUAUAUCUAGUGAAUUAUUUAAAUAUGAACAUAAUAUAAUGCAAAAAAUAAAGUUGAAUAAUUAUUUUUAUUUUAUAAGAUCCUACUUUAUUAAAUGGAAAUUAUUUAUAGAAAAAAAAAAAAAAUAUAAAAAAAUGGAAAAUUUAAUAAAAUUAAAAAAAAUGGCAAAAAUAUUUUUUGUUUUCUUAUAUGUUAGAGCUAAAACAUCUUAUAAACAAAUUUUAAUAAUUUAUAAAAUUUUUGGAUUAUUUAAUAAUGUAUCUAAAGAAGUAGACACAACAUCGGAGUUACUUGAUUUUGGUUAUUCUUUAUUUUCUAAUGUUUACAUUUUUAAAAACAACAUUGAAUAUGAUGGUAGAAGAAGUAUGACAUCUAAUAGUUCUGGUUCUACAUCUACUCAAAACAAUUCCACCAUAUGUAGUGACGCGACCAAGGAGUCGGUGAUCGAUGUAGAGCCCAUUUUGAUAGACUGUUGCAAAAGUGAUGAAAAAGAAAUGACACAACAAUGUAAAAGCUUUAGUAACAAUGUAAUGGUAAAAAAUAGGAAUUCGUUUUUUAAAAAUAUAAAGAAGUAUUUAGUAUUAAAUACAAUAUAUUCAGAGAUGAAAAAAAAAAACAACCUAAAUAUAAAUGGAAACAAAAUUAAGAUAAAAAAUGAUUAUUUUGCUAACUUUUUAAAUGUUUGUAAUAUUAUAAAAAAUAAUAAUAUGAACAGAUUAAUAUUAAAUUAUUUACUUAUGUAUAAUUUAUAUGACAUAAAUAUAUUUUUUAUUCAUUACAAAAAAAAGUUUAAAUCAUUGUAUAAUUAUUUUUUUAAUUUAUUAUCAAUCAAAAUGAAAAAAGCAUUAUUAAAAAUAUUUAAGAAAAAUGAUUCAUACUAUUAUAUAAAAUUAAUGAAUUCAAAUGAAAAACAGAUUCAAGACAAUCUCAAGAUUCUUUUAUUUAUUUAUUAUUUAUUUGGUAGCACAUCCUUAGCAUUUAAUGAGAAUACUAGUACCUUAGACAAUAUACAAAAUAUAUGGUUAAAUGUAAAUAGUAUUUUUAAUAAUUCCAAAAAUAAACAAAACUGUAAUGAUAAUAAUAAGAUGGGUAUUGGAAGUAGUGGCAAUUUAUCAGUUCUAAAUGGAUUGAACGAGAAAAAAAGGGAAUACCCUUCCACCAUUUUAGAAAGUAAAUCUGUUGAGCUCAUACAAAGGAGCACCUAUUCGAGUAGCGAUUGUAGUAGUGAUUGCCAUUUAAAUUAUGACAAUAAUUAUUUCACAUUUGAUAAAUGUAAAUCAGCUGAUGGGCAUACAAAUUUGUAUGUAAAAAAUGGUAUGAACAUGUACAGAAAUGAAAGUUUUAUACAAAAUAUAAACUAUACAGAGACAAUAAAUAAAGACAAACUAUUGACAAUGCAAAAUAAAAAAAAAUAUAACUUAAUAACAAAAGAAAAUCAUGAAAAUAAAAUGGCCUAUUUAUAUAAUAAGCUUCAAAGUUCGAUAUUAAACAGAUUUAAAGAAAAUGAAAUUGUGAUAACAUAUUCUUUUCUUUUGAAUUUAAAAAUUUAUAAAUUAAUACACGUGUAUUUAUUUUUAAAAAAAAUGAAAAAUUGGUUAAGUGUGUGGAAUAAAUAUAGUUUAUUAAAAAAAGUAAAAAGAGACAAUGAUUUAAAUAUAAUUGAAAGUUUUAAAAAAAAAAAGGAUACAGAAAAUUUAGAGAAAUAUUUUGGUACAUGGAUAUUAUUAUUUAACACAAAAGUUAAAGAAAUGAAAAAUAAACGUAAAGCUAUUUUAAAAAAACAUAUUCAAUUAAUUUUUAUAUUUUGGCAUAAACUUAUAAUUGUAAAUAGUUAUGAUAAGACCAAAUUUUUGGAACUAAAAAAUGAAAAUGAAAAAAAAUUGAAAUUUGAAUAUUUUAUAAAUUAUUAUAAUUUCUAUAGAAAAAGAAAAAAUGAAAAUAUAUAUUAUCAAAUUGUUUUAAAUCAUACUAAUAAUAAAAAGAAACAGACAUUUUUUUAUGUAUGGCUAUUAUUGUAUAAAUAUGAGGCACGAUGCCAUUCCUUAAUAGAGAAGAAAAACUAUAUUUUAUUACACUCAUUUUUUCAUAAUUGGGUAUCUAUAUAUGAAAAGAAAUUAAUAUAUAUGAAUUUUAUAAAUGAAAUUAAAAAAAUUAUACUUAAAAAAAACAUAUUUAAGGACGUUAUUCAAAAUUUCCGUUACUUUAAUUUUAUUAAAUCAAAAAAAGACAUGUUACAAAAAAAAUAUUUCCAAAUAUAUUAUAAUUUAAUAAAAAAAAAUACUAUUAUAAAUAAAUUACAAAUAUAUAUAUAUUCAUCUUUACAAUAUAAAAGAAUGAAAUAUUUAUUUUUUUACUGGAACAGAAAAUGUAAUACUCGAAAAAAAUGUUUGGAAAAUUAUUACACAUAUUUAUCCAAAAAAAAACAUACCACAUUUACUAAAUGGAAGAAUAUAUUUAUUAAGAACAAAAACAUAAAUGAUGAAAAAUUAGCAAAAUUUAACAAACUAAUAAUGACAAUUUAUUUACAAAAAUUGAUUAUUUAUUAUCGUUAUAGAAAAGUAAAAAAAAGAGUUAAAGCAAAAAUAUUGACGAAAUAUUUUUUUUUAUUAAAAAAAAAAUAUGAACAAUCUAGCCAAAUUAAAGCUUUUAUUAACAGAAAUAAAUUAAGUGUAAAAAAAAAUGUGCUCACAAUAUUAAAUAGAUAUAAAAUAUCACGAAAACAUAAUACCAAUUUAAAGAAAUAUUGUAUAGAAUAUAAUCGUAAAUCUGUAUUGAAGAAGUAUUACAAAGUAUGGAUUACACAAUAUUUUAAAUUAAAAAAAAUAAAUAAUUGUAUUAAAGAGUUAGUAACACAAAAUGAUAUAUUAAUGAAAACGACCAUUAUAAACAACUGGAGUAAUUAUGCAAAAAAAAAAGGAACACUUCGAAAUUUUUAUCAUAUUAUGAUAUCAAAGAAAUACGAAAUUAUUAAGAAUAACAUAUUUUCCAAAUGGAAAAAUAUGCAUGCAUUUCUUUCAAAACAAAGACAUAAAAUUUUGGGAGAAAAAUUCAGUAUUUGGAUACGUAAUUUUAAGUUUAUAAUUUUUAUGAACAAAAUACACAUGCAUUUUUAUAAUAUUUAUCAGGAUAACAUAUCAUCUUUUUAUUACAUAUUAAAAAAAAAGAAUGAAAAUUAUAAAUUAUUGGAAAAUGGAUAUUUCCCUUAUGUAAAAAAUCAAAUAAAAGAAAUAAUUGAUUAUAAAGACAAAUUUAUGCACACACUUUUUUAUGCAAUAAACAGCUAUGCUAAUAAAAAAAAAAAAUUAAGAUUAUUAUUGGCUAGUAGUAUUGAAGAACUAAUAAAAAAAAAAAAAAGCCAAUGUUUCUCUAUAUUAUUAAAACACAAAAAUAUAAGCCGAAAAAAAGUACACCUACACAAUUUGUAUCUUAAAUACACUAUUGAAAAAAAGUUUUAUCUAUUUAAAAAAUAUUUCUUUAUAAUAAUAAAUUUGUAUUUUUAUAAUAAUCACUUGAGAUUAUGCCAACAAACAAUAAAAUGCAGGAAAAGACAGAGAAUGCUUAGUGAUGCUCUAACACAAUGGAAAAUUUAUAGAGUAUAUUCAAAAGAGAAAGCUGCUUUUAAAAUGUUAUCAAAUAGUUUUUUGGCAUAUAGAAGAAAAAAAGAAUUUAUUAUGGCUUUAAAGCAAUAUUACGUUGAGAACAAAUGGAAAAAUUAUUGUGAAUAUAAUUCUUUAAUGUUUUAUAAAAAAGUUAAGGAAAGAAUGGCAGCAAAAGUUUUAGUCUAUUGGAAAAAUAUGGCUCUUUUUCAUUUUAAUAAAAUAAAAAAAAUUGAAGACUUUAAAAAUAAAUACAAUAUUAAUGUUAUGAAAAAAUAUUUCUUCCUUUUAAUAUUUUCCAUUAAUAAGGUAAAAAUUGAAAAAAAAAAUUGUGAUAUAAUCAGAUUUAAAAGUGAAAAAAAUAUAAAACAAUAUAUAUUUAAUAUAUUAUACAAUAUUGCCUUAACAAAUAUAAAUAAUUAUGAACGAGUCAUACAAAUAGCUAUAGAAAAAAAAAAUAAUAAUAUUUUAAAGUGUGUCUUUUUAUUUCUUCGUGAAUAUACACUGGAACGAAAAAAAAUUAAUAAUAUAUUUAUUAAAGUUAAACAAAAUAAUACCACAAUACUUCUCAAAAAGUAUUUUUAUAACUUAAUUUUUAAAUAUGUCAUUAAUAUCAAUCAUCACAAAUAUUACUAUUAUAAUAAGUAUAUUUCUAUUUGGAAAUAUUAUGUUGUUAUACGAAAAAGAGAACAGAAUGAAGUUUGCAAGUCAGGUCAGGAAGAGGAGCUUGAGACAGACGAAGAUAAUUCUGAUGAGAAUUUAAACGAGGAAUCUGAUAAAGUAUCGGGAGGUGAUAUUAGUGAGCUUGACCAAAUAAAUUGA